AUGUCCCUUCCGCCUCCUCCAGGUCUCAAACAGACUCCCUCGUCACUUCCGCCCCGCCCACCUCCAUCCUCCAACACCGCGCAACCUCCGACCACCAAUCCUGCAGGCCAUGGUGGUAGACCUCGACCAACAGGCUACAGCGCCUUCACGGCGUUCCAGCCGCGCGCGGUAGCCUCCAGUCAACCGCAUCGCGCCAACACCCACUCGGUCUCGAAUCCGCCAGUCUCUGCUGGAUACGCAACCCCCGCCAACAGCUACGCCAACCACUAUCAACAACCUCAGGCAUACCAGAGCGCGCCUUCCUACUAUGGACAACCUCAAUACGCUGAAAACACAUACGGCCCAACCGUCCCACACAUUACCAACCCGUUCGGAUCUACGCCCAACCAGGCCAACACAGGGUUCUCACAGGGUGGCAACGCCCCCGGCUUUGAUGCAGAGACUGAAGCUCAAAUUGCGCAGUGGCAGAGCGCCUAUAACAAACCCACCGAAGACUCCAAGAACCAAGGCAACCAGUCCGGCUCAGGCGUGAACACCGGAACUGGAACCCCAACCGUCGGCGCCGGCACUCCCGUCCCGCAGUCCGAGUCACAAAAAACAGUCAUUCGUUCUGGUGGCGGUGAAACAUGGACCGACUCGACCCUAUUGGAAUGGGAUCCGGCGCAUUUCCGCCUUUUUGUGGGUAACCUCGCAGGCGAAGUGACGGAUGAAUCUCUGCUGAAGGCAUUUGCUCGCUACACAUCGGUCCAGAAAGCGCGUGUCGUCCGAGAGAAGCGAACCCAGAAGAGCUCAGGGUAUGGGUUUGUCAGCUUCAGUGGAAGUGAGGACUACUUCAAAGCGGGACGAGAAAUGCAAGGAAAGUACAUUGGUUCUCACCCAAUUUUAUUGCGCCGAGCCGUGACCGAGGUUCGCCCAGCUUCGAACCCCAAGCAUGGAAAGCAUGGAAAGAAACAAAACAAAGGCAAGGGUCCUAAGGGAGAUAACGCCGGUGGAGCAGGUGGAAAAGUGAAGCAGGACGGUAUCAAAAAGCCUGCCAAAACCAAGGGAGGAUUGAAGAUUCUGGGUUAA